AUGGAUAAUGAAGAAAACAGGAUCGACCCACAGAAUGACUACGACCUCUCAAGACCCCUUGACACAACCACCGGCCUACGACAAGGCUUAACCUCCUACGGCGAUGCCCAUUUCAGCCUCUUCCUCCGAAAAGUAUUCAUAAAAGCCGCCGGUUACGGCGAAGAUGCCCUCUCCCGUCCCAUCAUCGGCAUUAUAAACACCUAUUCAGCAUUUAACCCAUGCCACGCCAACAUCCCCCAACUCCUCGAAGCCGUAAAACGCGGCGUACAACUACACGGAGGCCUAGCCAUCGAAUUCCCCACCAUCAGUAUACAUGAAUCUUUUGCUGCACCUACAAGUAUGUAUCUCAGGAACUUGAUGGCUAUGGAUACGGAAGAGAUGAUCAAAGCACAGCCGGUGGAUGCGGUGGUUGCGAUAGGUGGCUGUGAUAAAACUGUGCCUGCGCAAUUGAUGGGAGGCAUUUCUGCGAAUAAGGUUGUUUUGCCGUUGGUUACGGGGCCGAUGAUGCCUGGGUCGAGCAGAGGGGUCAGAGUGGGUGCGUGUACGGAUUGUAGGAGUCAGUGGGCGGCGUAUAGGGCGGGGGAGAUUGAUAUGGAGGAUAUUGCUGCUGUGAAUGAGGAACUUGCUCCUACGUCGGGCACUUGUGGUGUGAUGGGCACUGCGAGCACGAUGGCUUGCGUGACUGUUGCACUCGGCUUGAUGCCUUUUGAUGGUGCAUCUGCGGCGGCUGUUUCUUCGGCACGUCUGAGGAUUGCUGAGCGAACGGGCGCGAAUGCAGUCGCCGCAGCAGCGGCUCAAAGACUUCCUCAAUCGAUACUUACGAAGGAAUCUUUUCUCAACGCCAUCACGGUCCUUCAGGCUAUCGGAGGAUCAACCAAUGCGGUGGUGCAUUUGAUGGCCAUUGUCAAUCGUCAUCCUGAUGUGGCUGGGUCGAUCACAUUGGAGACUUUUGACGAGAUUGGAAGAAAAACGCCGCUUCUUGUUGACCUCAAGCCAAGUGGUGAGAACUAUAUGACUGACUUCCAUAAUGCUGGUGGAAUGCUUGCUUUAUUACACACGCUGAAGCCACUACUUGACCUCGAGGCAAAAACGAUCAAUGGCAAGACUCUAGGAGAAGAACUUGAAGCCACGCCAUUCAAGCCGUUCAAGUACUCAAGCGAACUGAUUAGGCCUCUCUCCAAUCCGAUGUAUCCAAAGUCUGCACUUGUAGUGUUGCGAGGAAACCUUGCGCCGAGAGGAGCAGUAAUGAAAGCAGCCGCUUCAAAAGAAAGAAGUCUUCUUACCCACACGGGGCGCGCUGUGGUCUUCAAGAACACGGCUGAUAUGGCACAACGCAUCGAUGAUCCCGACCUACCUGUAACCAAAGACUCAGUGCUCGUCUUACAAGGCGUAGGACCAAUCGGCAAUCCUGGUAUGCCAGAAGCAGGCGUCAUCCCCAUCCCUCGCAAACUCGGAGCUCAGGGUGUCAAAGACAUGUUGCGAAUAUCUGAUGGACGCAUGUCUGGCACAGCAGGCGGCACAAUCGUUUUGCACAUCUCGCCAGAAUCUGCAUUGCCCGACUCAGUGUUUGGAUGUGUAGAAGAUGGAGAUUUGAUUGAAUGUGACGUUGAAAAAAGACUGCUCAGACUGCAUGUCUCUGAUGAAGAAUUGGCGCAUCGUAUUGCUGUACGAUCAGCGGCUAAGAAAAAGGAAGAGCAUGGUACGAAAAGGAUCCAUGGGAGAAAGCGUGGAUAUAGGGGAUUGUAUGAGCGAUGUGUGAAUCAAGCGGAGGAAGGUGCCGACUUUGAUUUCCUCACAGCAGCAGGACCUACUGAGUCGUGA